UCAAUUCAAAAAAGAAAAAAAAAAAAGAGAAAGAAAAAGAAACUCCCACCAUCAAAAUCUUAAAAACCCCUAAUUUUUAGGGGUUUUCGCUAAAAAAAUUGGGAAUUUCUUCCAUUUUUCAUGAAUUAAUCAUCCUUGAUUUAGGUUUCUAGGAAGUUUGAGAAGAACUUUCUUUUUCUUUUUGUUUGUUCAAGCUGAAAAAUGGAGUCGAUUUUAGCUCGAGCAUUGGAGUACACUUUGAAGUACUGGCUUAAAUCUUUCUCAAGAGAUCAGUUCAAAUUACAAGGCCGUACAGUUCAACUUUCCAAUUUAGAUAUAAACGGCGAUGCUCUACAUGCGAGUAUGGGAUUGCCGCCUGCUUUGAAUGUGGCGACUGCAAAAGUUGGAAAAUUGGAGAUCAUUCUCCCUUAUGUCAGUAAUGUGCAAAUCGAGCCAAUUGUAGUUCAAAUUGAUAGGCUUGAUUUGGUUCUGGAGGAAAAUUCUGGUGUUGAUUCUCCUAGGAGUUCAAGCGGCAUGCAAUCGUCCACCAGCUCAGGGAAGAGUAGUGGUUAUGGGUUUGCUGACAAGAUUGCAGAUGGAAUGACCAUUCAGGUUCAGACAGUCAAUCUUCUUCUUGAAACUCGUGGCGGUACUCGUGCCAAAGGGGGGGCAGCUUGGGCACCACCCAUGGCAUCUAUCACAAUGCGCAACAUUUUACUAUAUACUACUAAUGAAAAUUGGCAGGCUGUAAAUCUUAAGGAAGCACGAGAUUUCUCCUCAAAUAAAAAUUUCAUAUAUGUUUUCAAGAAACUAGAAUGGGAAUCUCUAUCUAUUGAUCUCCUGCCUCAUCCUGAUAUGUUCAGUGAUGCUAAUUUAGCACGUUCUCAAGUGGGAUCAACACAAAGAGAUGAUGAUGGCGCAAAGCGUGUUUUCUUUGGUGGAGAAUGUUUUCUCGAAGGCAUAUCUGGAGAGGCUUAUAUCACAGUACAGAGGACAGAAUUAAAUGCUCCACUAGGCCUUGAGGUUCAGUUACAUGUUACAGAGGCGGUUUGUCCUGCAUUAAGUGAACCAGGGCUCCGAGCUCUUCUCCGCUUCUUGACUGGAUUGUAUGUAUGUCUAAAUAGAGGAGACGUUGAUCUAAAUGCUCAGCAGCGAUCUGUUGAAUCAGCAGGACGGUCUCUAGUUUCUGUUGUUGUGGACCACAUAUUUCUUUGUAUCAAGGACAAUGAGUUCCAACUUGAACUUUUGAUGCAGUCGCUCCUCUUUUCUCGGUCCAGUGUCUCUGAUGGGGAAAAUUCUCGUCAUUUGUCUAAGGUUAUGGUCGGUGGGCUGUUUUUAAGGGAUACAUUUUCGCGGCCUCCCUGUACGUUAGUGCAACCAUCUAUGGAGGCUGUUACUGAUUCUUGUCUUCGUAUUCCUAACUUUGGUAAGGAUUUUUGUCCUCCGAUAUAUCCUCUGGCUGAGCAGCAAUGGCAGUUAACUGUGGGUGUUCCUUUGAUAGCCCUCCACUCUCUUCAAGUCAAACCCUCUCCACUCCCCCCAUCUUUUGCUUCGCAAACUGUAAUUGAUUGCCAGCCUCUUAUGAUACAUCUUCAGGAAGAAUCUUGUUUGAGGAUAUCUUCCUUCUUAGCCGAUGGAAUAGUUGUCAAUCCUGGUUCUAUUUUACCAGAUUCUUCUGUAAAUUCCCUUGUGUUCACUCUCAAGGAGUUAGAUAUUAGUGUUCCUUUGGACAUAGGCAAAAUGGAUAAUCCUGGUGGUGGAGAUAACCAUGUCAGGCCAAAGUCAUUUGCUGGAGCUAGGCUUCAUUUUGAAAAGGUGUUUUUCUCUGAGUCACCAUCUCUAAAACUCAAGCUCCUGAACCUGGAGAAAGAUCCUGCUUGUUUCUGUCUAUGGGAUGGUCAACCUAUUGAUGCUAGCAUGAAGAAAUGGACUGCUGGAGCUUCACAACUCAGUUUGUCUUUGGAAACAACUGCUGGCUUAACUGGAGUUCAAAGUUCUCUUCGCUGGUCUUCAGGCUUGUGGAAGUGUGUUGAGCUGAAAGAAGCUUCUAUUGAGUUAGCUAUGGUAUCUGCUGAUGGGAGCCCCUUAACAGUUGUGCCUCCUCCAGGUGGUGUCGUCAGAAUAGGGGUUGCUUGUGAACAAUUUAUGUCUAAUACAUCAGUUGAGCAGUUGUUUUUUGUCUUGGAUCUCUAUGGGUAUAUUGGUAGAGUUAGUGAAAAGAUUGCAGUGGCUGGAAAGAAUAAAAGACCAAAUAGAAACAUGGAUGAUACUUUGGGUGGAAGACUGAUGGAGAAAGUUCCUAGUGAUACUGCUGUAAGUUUAGCAGUAAACGUCCUUCAGCUUAGAUUUCUCGAAUCAUACUCAUUGGAUAUCCAGGGCACGCCUUUAGUUCAGUUUAUUGGAAAUAAUCUUUUCCUUAAAGUCUCUCACAGAACUCUUGGUGGUGCUAUGGCUGUUUCAUCUACUUUGUGUUGGGAGAUUGUUCAGGUGGACUGCGUAGAGACAGAGGGAAACGUUGUCCACAAUAAUGGAAUGCUGGUAGACUCAGUUGAAAAUGGUUCUCUUGUAACUGGGAAUGGAUUUUCUCCGUUAAGAGCUGUUUUUUGGGUACACAACAAGCAGAAGUGCCUAUCAAGUGGAAAAGCUUCAGUAAUUCCAUUUCUUGACAUAAGCAUUGUGCAUGUCAUUCCUUUUGAUGAGAGGGACAAAGAGUGUCAUAGUUUAAGUGUGUCAGCUUGUAUAUCAGGUGUGCGCUUAGGUGGAGGAAUGAAUUAUACUGAAGCUUUGCUACAUCGAUUUGGAAUUAUUGGGCCUGAUGGUGGUCCCAGCAUGGAGCUUUCUAAGGGCUUAGAGAACUUGUCAUCUGGGCCACUGUCAAAACUUUUAAAACCUUCAGCUUUUGUUGAUAAUGAUCUUGUUGAUGGUGGAACCUUGGGAGGGGAGAAAGAUGAUAAGUUUUUGCAGCUGGGAAUGCCAGAUGAUGUGGAUGUAUCCAUUGAGUUACAAGACUGGUUAUUUGCUCUUGAAGGUGUGCAAGAAAUGGCUGAAAGUUGGUGGUUCGAGAAAGAAGUCCUGGACAGAGAGCAGAGGUGUUGGCACAUGACUUUCCGAAGUUUGCAAGUAAAAGCAAAAGGUAGUCCGAAGGAUUUGCCAGAUGGAAAAGGGAUUUCAAAUGGAAUCCGGAGAUAUCCUGUUGAGUUGGUCACGGUCUGUGUGGAAGGCUUGGAGACCUUCAAGCCUCAGGCACAGAGGAGCCCAUCACCUGCAAAUGGCUUCAAAGAAAGUUUUGAGAUAUUAGGAGGGAUAAAUCUUGAAGUUCAUAUGCUGAUAUCAGAAGAUAAUGUUGAGAAUGAAACAGUCAACUGGGUGGUGGAAAACAUGAAAUUUUCUGUCAAACAACCGAUUGAGGCCAUUGUUACCAAGGAAGAACUUCAGCACCUUGCUUUCUUAUGCAAGUCUGAGGUUGAUUCAAUGGGUCGUAUAGCUGCAGGAGUCUUGCGGCUGCUCAAGCUGGAAAACUCGCUCGGCAAGGAUGCCAUAGAUAAACUUAGCAACCUAGGAAUUGAGGGAUUUGACAAGAUUUUCUCAUCGGAUAAGCUCAACCGAGGGAACAGUGCUGGAAGUAUUGGGCAAUCUCCAUUAUUAUCAAAAGUGAUUAAUGAAGAACAGCGCUCAACUAUCGCUUUGCUCGAGGAGGCAGUUUUGGAUUCACAAGCCAAGUGUGCCACGCUCGUUACUGAAUUAUCUAAUGCAGAGUCUUCUGAGGAGAAUCUUACGGAUAUUAAAGAACUGAGACAGAAACUAGAUAGAAUGCAGAUUUUGGUGGCGCAAUUGCAAGGUCAGAUGUGAAAUAGGAAUUUUCUUCUCAUUCUUUGUUGUAAAACUUUGGGUACCAUCAUAUAGUUUACUCAAUUCUUUCUGUAUAUAGGAACACAUAUAUAAAUACAUGCGUGAGGUUAGUUAAGCAUAGAAGAAGGCUAUUUAUCGGUGUAAUCAGAAAUUUUGUAUCCUAAAGAGUGAUACUUUUUCUUAUAAACGUUUAAACAAGCA